AUGGACACGUUCCUGAUCCGCGACCCCACUCCCCGGAUCCUGUCCCAGGCGGAGGGCUUCGACGCGCUCUUCUCGCGGCACGCCGACGGGGACUGCGUCAACAUCGGCGUGUUCUACCUGAGGAGCACCCCGGAAACGGCGGUGUGGCUCUCCCAGUUCCUUGCGUGGUACCACGACCACCCCUUCGAGAUCGACCAGCGCGGGCUCCAGGUCUUCCUGCGCCUGCCCUCCGAGCGGGUGCAGAUCGCGUACCCCCCCGCCGACCUCGUGGGGAUCCGCGCGGGGGUGCUGGACGACGUGAACGAGUUCGUCAUCGGGGUCAGCGGCUGGCACGGCGCCCACGAGCGACUGCUCAUCCUGCACUGGUGCGAGAAGCCCAUCUGGAGCAGAAGGAGGAGGAGAUCUGGGCCGCGUACGACGCCGCCGACGCCGCAGCGGCGCACGGCAUGGCGCUGGCGCCGGCGCUGCUCGCGGCCUCGCCGGCUCGGGGGGGGCGCGGGAGCUCCAGCAGUGGCGAAGCGUUCAGGCUCACCUGUCGGCCCGCCAAGGAAUGCUCUAAGCACCGCGUGUGGUCUGCACGAAAUGCCCUCGGAGCAUUUCUGGCUGAGACGGUCUUGUUUUGACACGUCGGCUUCAUGUUCCAAGAAAAUGGUG